GAACCCUCGGCUUUCCCCGGCGAGCGCUGCCCGUGUCUGGGCCUCGGGCUGUGGAAGAUGGCGCUGGUCGGGCCGGUCUCCCGCGCUCUGGCCGAGCGGUUGUCCCGCUGCCGGCUGUUGGUCGUGGGCGCCGGCGGCAUCGGCUGCGAGCUCCUCAAAAAUCUGGUGCUCGCCGGCUUCAGGGACAUCGAGGUGGUUGAUUUGGAUACGAUUGACGUCAGCAACCUCAACCGGCAGUUUCUUUUCCAAAAGAAACAUGUUGGAAAGUCAAAAGCUCAGGUGGCUAAGGAGAGUGCCCUACAGUUCUGUCCUGAGGCUAAGAUUACUGCUUAUCACGACAGCAUCAUGAACCCAGAUUAUAAUGUGGAAUUCUUCAGACAGUUUACGCUUGUGAUGAAUGCUCUAGAUAACAGAGCUGCCCGUAACCACGUGAAUAGAAUGUGUUUGGCUGCUGACAUUCCUCUGAUAGAGAGCGGCACUGCUGGGUACCUUGGCCAAGUCACUGUCAUCAAAAAGGGCGUAACGGAAUGCUACGAGUGCCAGCCUAAACCGACACAGAAAACAUUCCCAGGCUGCACAAUCCGAAACACUCCUUCAGAACCCAUCCACUGCAUCGUGUGGGCAAAGUACCUGUUCAACCAGUUGUUUGGAGAGGAAGAUGCGGACCAGGAGGUAUCGCCCGACACGGCUGACCCAGAGGCUGCCUGGGAGCUGUCAGAUGCAGUGGCGAGGGCAGGAGCUUCCAAUGAGGAUGGUGGCAUCAAACGUGUUUCCACAAAGGACUGGGCCAGAUCCACGGGGUAUGAUCCUGUCAAAAUAUUCAACAAGCUUUUCAGAGAUGAUAUAAAGUACUUACUGACAAUGGACCAGCUGUGGCGCAAAAGGAAAGCUCCUGUGCCACUGGACUGGACUGCUGUAGAGAGAGUUGAGAUGGGCUCGUCCCUGCAGCAACCGAGCGCCUCUCCGACCGGCCUGAAGGACCAACAGGUCCUGGACGUGAGGAGCUACGCACACUUGUUUGCGCGAAGUGUGGAUCACCUCAAAGCUCGUCUGGCGGAGAAGGGGGACGGAGGGGAGCUGGUCUGGGACAAGGAUGAUGCACCAGCCAUGAACUUUGUGACUGCUGCUGCCAACCUGCGAAUGCACAUCUUCAGUAUUAACAUGAAGAGCAAGUUCGACGUGAAAUCCAUGGCAGGCAAUAUCAUCCCGGCGAUCGCCACCACCAACGCAGUCAUCGCUGGCCUUAUCGUUUUGGAAGGACUGAAGAUUCUCUCAGGCAACAUGGAGCAAUGCAGGACAAUCUUUCUAAACAAGCAGCCAAAUCCGCGGAAGAAGUUGCUGGUGCCGUGCACCCUGGACCCGCCGAAUGCCAGCUGCUACGUGUGCUCCAUCAAACCCGAGGUGACCGUCAAGCUCAACACCCACCGCGUCUCCGUCCAGAUGCUGCAGGACCGGAUCUUGAAGGAUAAAUUUGGAAUGGUGGCUCCUGAUGUUCAGAUAGAAGACGGCAAGGGAACAAUCCUCAUCUCCUCAGAGGAGGGAGAAACUGAAGCAAACAACAACAAGAACCUCGCUGAGUUUGGUAUCCGUAACGGCAGCCGUCUACAGGCUGACGAUUUCCUACAAGACUACACUCUGACCGUCACGCUUCUGCACAGUGAAGAUCUGGAGAAGGACGUUGAGUUCGAGGUGGUCGGAGAUGUCCCAGACAAGGCACCUCAUCGGCUGAGCGAGGAAGAUGGCAAGGUCAUCACCAACGGCAGUGACGAUGGAGCCCAGCCAUCCACGUCCAGAGCUGCAGAACAGGAUGACGUGCUGAUCGUCGACUCAGACGAGGAGAUGCCCUCAUCCAGCGGAGCCGAGGGUGAUGGCGAGAGCCGCAGCCUGAAGAGGAAGUUGGAGGAGGAGGCGGGAGGCGGAGGCGGGGUGAAGCGGAGGUGUACCGAGCAGGAGGAGGAGGAGGAGGACGUCAUCGCUCUGGACUGAGGGGCCGGUUGGUGCCACAUGGUGCUGACGCUUAGACCCGGGGUGGGGAUGGUUAGUCGAGUAGGUGGGGGUUGGCACGGCAAUGUUUCAGACAGAGGGAGCUGAGUGACAGGUCCCAGCCUUAAACUAUCAGGUCAAAGCCGCAGGGUGGGGAGGGGGAUGGGCAGAGGCCAGGGGCAGCUCAGAGGGGCACCCACUCAAUGGACCGGGCACUCAUGCCCAUAACAUCACUGGUAUAACUCAGCACUCACAUCUUUGGGUUCGCUCCUCAAUAACUGCUCCCUAGCAUCAGCUCAACCUGCCUCCCCUCCCCAUCUCGACUCUGAAUCUACUUAUAAAUCUCGCUGUUGAUAAAGUAUUAAACGUUCCUCUUUGUAUAACUUAAGAUCAAACAGCGAUGUGUUUUGUAAAUUGCUGUAAACACUUAAUUUCUCCCACAGCCCUGUUUGUACUUCCUGAACAUUGGAGCCUCUUUUAUCAGUUCCAGGGGCCGUUCCUCGUGUCUUGUUACAGUUUGUAGUUAUUUAUAUGUGACUUUUGUAUAACACAGAUAUCUUGUUCGUAACUUGCGCAAACCCCGACAAUUGUGUGUGGGUUGUGAGUGGGAUGGCGAGCGACAGGGUUGUGUGUGUGCAGUGACCUGGAGGUGUCUGACUGUGACAUCCCUGGCUGGCUGUGACUCGGGCUACACGCCAUACGUACCCAGGCGUGGUUGGGGAGCAAAAGGAUCAGGGCAUUUUCAGGCACCAGUUGACAGAUUCCACAGGGAGAGGAGGGGAAAAACCGAUUGGAAUUUGCAACUGCACUGUUGUGCAUCCAGUACUGAUCUGAUCAACCUGUUCGAUGUUUAGAGAGAUACAUUGCAGUGUUGCUGGAAGUAUUUUUGUAGCAAAUUGACAUUGUUGUUUCAUUACAGUUUUUUUUGUAUCCGAAUCGACUAUAAACAUAAGGAAAAGCUUUGUUAUGAAUGGCAGUUUUCCUGAUUAAAACAUUCAUUGUGUAAAG